GGAGUUACACCAGGGUAGUAAGUCAGGAAAAAACUGUAAACAACCGAGGAGGAGAGACUGCAAGAAGAGUGAUAGAAAGAGGAGCAGCAGAGCUGAUAGAAGGGGACUAGGGAGGAGGAAAAAAGAGCUUACACUCACAUUGAGAGGAAACGCAUGGUGUGAAAAAUGCCCACCAGCUUUACUGUUGUCCCAGUGAAGGACGACAAACAGAGAAAAACAGAAGCGAUCAAGGAGGAAGAUGACAGCAAUGUGCAGAAAGAGGACCAAGAAGACACCACAGGUGAUGGUGUCCCAAAGGAAAAUAGUCCCUUUAUCAACACUGCUGAAAAUGACAAGGGCCACAGCUACGAUGGCACGAACAUGGCCCUUUUUGAGGAGGAGAUGGACAGCAACCCAAUGGUGUCAUCCCUCCUCAGUAAAGUGGCCAAUUACACAAAUCUUACCCAGGGUGCUCAGGAGCAUGAGGAGGCUGACGAUGAUGAAGGGACAAAGAAGAAAACCGUCAAGAGUCCUCAGAUGGGAACAUUCAUGGGUGUCUACCUUCCUUGCCUCCAGAAUAUUCUGGGGGUCAUCCUGUUUUUGCGCCUUACCUGGAUUGUUGGUACUGCUGGCAUCUUGGAGUCCCUUGCUAUUGUUGGCUUGUGCUGCUCAUGUACAAUGCUGACGGCCAUAUCAAUGAGUGCAAUCGCUACUAAUGGAGUUGUGCCAGCUGGAGGUUCCUACUACAUGAUCUCCAGAUCUCUUGGUCCAGAAUUUGGUGGUGCUGUGGGUCUCUGUUUCUACCUUGGCACCACAUUUGCUGGCUCUAUGUACAUCCUGGGUACUAUUGAGAUUUUACUGACUUACAUUGUGCCUAAGGCAGCUAUCUUUGUGGCGGAGCGCAAAGAGGAUGAGGUGGAUGCCUUGCUGAACAACAUGCGUGUUUAUGGCACGUGCUGCCUCGCGCUGAUGGCCGUGGUCGUCUUUGUAGGUGUGAAGUAUGUCAAUAAGUUGGCACUCGUCUUCCUGGCCUGUGUCAUUCUCUCCAUCCUCGCCAUCUACGCUGGAGUCAUCAAGACCAUCUUUGAUCCACCAGACUUUCCUGUUUGUAUGUUGGGAAAUCGAACUCUGAAGAACCACAACUUCAAUAAGUGCAUUAAGACAGAGGUUAAGGACAAUGCCACUGUCACAACAGAGCUUUGGAGGCUUUUUUGUGAUGGACCUGAGCUCAAUGCCUCCUGCAAUGAAUAUUUUUUGUACAACAAUGUGUCUGAGGUGCAGGGCAUCCCUGGACUGACCAGCGGAGCGAUCUCAGACAACAUGUGGUCACAAUAUGGCCCUCUGGGUAUGUUGGUAGAAAACAAGCAUUUGUCAUCUCUGGCAAAAGGUGACUCCUCACAGGACAUGUACAUGCCCUAUGUAGUCAAUGAUAUUGCCACCUUCUUCACACUGCUGGUCGGCAUCUAUUUCCCCUCUGUCACUGGUAUCAUGGCUGGCUCAAACCGCUCAGGUGACUUGCGGGAUGCUCAGAAGUCCAUUCCCAUUGGAACCAUCCUUGCCAUUACCACCACCUCCAUUAUUUACAUUAGCUGUGUUGUGCUCUUUGGCGCCUGCAUUGAAGGUGUUUUACUUCGAGACAAGUAUGGUGACUCUGUCAAAGGGAAUCUUGUAAUCGGUACACUCUCUUGGCCCUCACCGUGGGUUAUUGUAAUUGGGUCCUUCUUCUCCUGCUGUGGGGCAGGUCUGCAGAGUUUGACUGGUGCCCCACGGCUGCUGCAGGCCAUCUCACGAGAUGGCAUUGUGCCAUUCUUACAGGUGUUUGGUCAUGGUAAAGCUAAUGGAGAACCAACCUGGGCUCUGCUACUGACGGCUGCAAUUUGUGAGAUCGGCAUCCUCAUUGCUUCCCUGGACUCUGUGGCACCCAUCCUUUCUAUGUUUUUUCUCAUGUGCUACCUGUUUGUUAACCUGGCCUGUGCUGUUCAAACCCUGCUACGCACGCCCAAUUGGAGGCCACGCUUUAAAUACUACCACUGGGCUCUGUCCUUCCUUGGAAUGAGCUUGUGUCUCGCUCUCAUGUUCAUCUCCUCCUGGUACUAUGCUAUUGUGGCCAUGGUGAUUGCUGGCUGUAUCUACAAAUACAUUGAAUAUAGAGGGGCAGAGAAGGAGUGGGGUGAUGGUAUCCGAGGCUUGUCUCUUAAUGCAGCCCGCUAUGCCCUCAUUCGCGUAGAGGAGGCUCCACCACAUACCAAGAACUGGAGGCCUCAGUUGUUGGUACUCCUAAAUGUGGACUUGGAACAAACGGCCAAACACCCUCGCCUGCUGUCAUUCACUACACAGCUGAAAGCAGGAAAAGGAUUGACUAUAGUGGGAAAUGUUUUGGAGGGAACCUACCUCACCAAAGAGGUAGAGGCCAAGAAGGCUGAGCAGAACAUCAAAUCUUCAAUGUCACUGGAACGGACCAAAGGUUUCUGUCAUGUGGUGGUGUCGUCCAAUCUAAGGGAUGGCAUCUCUCAUCUCAUUCAGUCUGCAGGACUAGGAGGCAUGAAGCACAACACAGUGCUCAUGGCCUGGCCUGGGGCAUGGAAACAGUCCAGUGACCCACAGUCAUGGAGAAAUUUCAUAGAGACUGUGAGAGAGACCACCGCAGCCCAUCAGGCCUUGCUGGUGGCUAAGAAUAUAGACAAUUUCCCCACCAACCAGGAUCGACUCGGUGAGGGCACCAUCGAUGUGUGGUGGGUGGUUCAUGACGGAGGCUUACUGAUGCUGCUGCCCUUUCUGCUACGCCAGCACAAGGUAUGGAGGAAGUGCAAGAUGCGUAUCUUCACUGUGGCCCAAAUGGAUGACAACAGCAUACAAAUGAAGAAAGAUCUCCAGAUGUUCCUCUACCACUUGCGACUGGAUGCAGAGGUGGAAGUGGUAGAAAUGCAUGAUAAUGACAUCUCAGCCUUCACCUAUGAGAAGACACUGGUGAUGGAGCAGAGGUCACAGAUGCUGAAACAAAUGCACCUGUCAAGGACUGAGAGGGAGAGAGAGAUUCAGAGUAUCACUGACGAAUCACGUAGCUCAAUCCGGAGGAAGAACCAGGAUGGUGCAACAAGUACAAACCUCUGCCGGGAGUCCUCACCAAUGGAAGACACUCAAGAAGAUGAGGCACAGCUCAUCCAUGACAGGAACACAGCAUCACACGCCUCCAUAAAUGACAAAGAAGAAACUGGGCCCGAAAGGGUUCACAUGACCUGGACCAAGGACAAGCUCUUCACAGAGCGUAGCCGUAACCGCGAGUGUAACGCCAACUUCGCCAUGCGUGACCUGUUUAACUUGAAACCAGAGUGGGAGAGUCUGAACCAGUCCAAUGUUCGUCGGAUGCACACAGCUGUUAAGUUGAAUGAAGUUGUGAUAAACAAGUCCCAGGGAGCUCACCUGGUUCUGCUCAACAUGCCUGGACCUCCCAAGAACAGAGGAGGAGAUGAAAACUAUAUGGAGUUCCUGGAGGUUCUCCUUGAAGGUUUAAACCGUGUCCUUCUGGUCCGAGGCAGUGGGCGUGAAGUCAUCACCAUCUACUCAUAAAAACACUCAUGCCCCAUCUUGCACACAUGGGCUGUUGCCAUGGACACCAGUCACAGGGCAUUUUCAAGGAAGAAGACUAAUUGAGUUUUUAAGGAGGGUGGGGGAUCUUGGAAGGUGGGACCACCUGUGAUUUGGCAGACAGUGGGAAGGGCCUCACUGGGGAAGGAGACAUCUGGUGCUGAACUGGUUUAACAGCCCAGUGAGUGAGAGCAAGUACAGUGGUGGCCAUGCGGUACCACAGUACCCCUGCAAGUGGAAGCUAGAGCAUAGACACUUUAUGUUUUUCAAUGAUUUUGAAACCAUUGCUAUGUUCCGUUUUCAUAUUCUUUCCCUCUUCUGUUGGUGUUGUCGCGUUCCUGGCACUCGUGUAAAGGUAAGCAAUGAAGUGAAGGUGUGAUGUUGAUAUGAACCUCAUGGUCUCUUUCAUGUUGUCUGGUGUAUUUUACUCUGGGCGGUGCAAAGAUGUUUGCUGGACCUGAGAGAUCCAUGCACAGGGAUGAAAAGUUGCACAGUGGAUUUGAACUCCGGCUGACAUAGGGAAAGUGAAGCUCUGCUUGACAUAGAUCACAAUACAGAUGAUCACACUGAGUUUUCAAUGUCAAAGUUUGGUGAUCCAUCUGACUUGUGUCACCAUCAGAAUUAUUCAUUUUUCAGAAGUUGACUUAACAGCUUCGUUGUCAAGCCUGUUUGAGAUUGUGCUCAAUUUGGGAGCAAGCUUUCCUGCACUCUAUCAAUGGGAAAAUGCCAUAGUUAAAAUUAUAGCUUAGCAGUUUUGCAAUAUUAAAAGCACCUAUAUGCGUAUUUACAGUGCAUCCAGAAACUAUUCACAGCGCUUCACUUUUUCCCACAUUUUGUUGUUACAGCCUUAUU